CCGAGGAUAAAAUUCGCAGGGCCAAUAUCAUCCAAAUCUUGUUAGGUCCAGAGGUCCAGAGCCGGUAGAUAACCCCAUUGGCACCUAGACUUUCCGAACUACCUACUGUAAUUUCAGCUGGACUCGAAUACGACUCACCCAAAUAUCCAGGUGCACAGAUAGCAGACCCAACUCAUCCACUCUUCCAGGGGUCACCAAAAUUCCCCGGAAUACUGCCUAGACAAUAAUAACACCCCUUCCCCAGUAAUGUGAGAAUUGAUAGAUAUCGAAGAUCUCCUCCAUUCCUUUGCAUCCGUUGGCCUGUUCUUGCUCCAGGUUACGGUGACAGAUUUUACGUUACCGCCCCCAUCGAGCAGAUAAGACAAGCACCACACUCAACUUCGACACCAUGGCGGGCGACGACAAAAUCGAUAUUCAGGUCUCGUCCCUGGCGGCCGGCUUUUCCAUUGGCUUUGGAAUUUGGACAGUAUGGGAGGCUUGGAAGCAGACCCGUCGAAAUCGCAAUCCCCUUCGCAGUCCAUAUAUUUACAUGUUGUGGGGCGAAAUCGUAGCGAAUCUUGGUAUCUGGAUUCUCGCAUACCUCUGGAUCGAUGGCGUCUUUGGAGCCAAGCCAACUGUACCUCUAUUAUUCUUCAUCCUACUCUUCUGGGUGUUCCAAAUUCAGUUCUUGAUGCAAAUUAUUAUCAACCGUAUUGCCGUUAUUUCCGAAAGUCCCAUAACAGUUCGACGACUCAAAUGGGGAACGGCCGCUAUCAUCACGGCGAUUAACAUUGCAGUCUUUUGCAUCUUCAUUCCAGCGCACUUAGAUCCUCCCGUCAGCGAGACGUAUGUCUUGAUCAACAAGUACUGGGAUAGGACUUCGAAAUGUCUCAUCUGCGUUGUCGACGCCGUCCUUAACUUAUACUUCUCGCGAACCGUCAGGAAGCGACUGGUCGAGCAGCAUGGCCUGACCAAAUACAAACCGCUGGCUAGCUUCAACGACAGACUUAUGGUCAUCUCAAUCCUCAUGGAUGUCAUGCUCAUCUGUUUGAUGUCUCUUCCCAACCCAAUCGUGUUCACUCAAUUCCACCCUGUUGCCUACCUGGUCAAGCUCAAUAUUGAAAUGUCUAUGGCAUCCUUAAUUGUUCACGUCGCGCGCGAUUCCGGUCUCGACGACGAAGAGUAUAGUAGCAACCACAUCUCCACAGCAUACUCCAAGAACCACAGCCAAGCACACGCCGAUGCCCGCAGCGCUCACCACAACGGUGACAACACCGUUCCGAUGAAGACGUUCCACUCGACUACUAUCGGCGCCGGUGGGUCGGAGGAGGACUUCGAAGUGCUUAAGGAUCACGUCAACGGUAUCCACCGAAGAGUCGACGUUCGAAUAGAAAGCACGGCGAAUUCGGAGACGGGAUCGACGGCGUACAAGGGGACGUCAUUCGAGAGGGUAGACGACGAGAUAUCGCUAACGAAUAAUGCGGGCCACCCAAGAGGCGAAGCUCGCUAGACCGGAUGGGAUAUUGUGAGCGAGCUAUUAAUGUGUGAUAUACGCGAGACUUCGUUUCGAAACUCGCAUAGCAAGCGAAAAUGAUGAAGAUUAGAUUGAUACCACCUUAUUUGCAUCAUGAGAUCGGAUACGUUCGACGAGAGGGCCGCGGGAUCCGGUUCGAUUAUUAUAUGCCUCAUAUAGACCGAUCAUAUCAGAACAUAGCGUAGAGAAUCAUUUUGCAUUUCACAAUGUAUUUAUGAUGAUUGUAAUGUCUAAAGAUAAAUAAUAUAGCAUGUACGAACGUACCAAUUACUUAACAUUACUAUUCAGAUCAACACCGCUAAGAAACAAU